AUGUCUGUUCAAAGCCAGCACUGUGCCAUUAUUAUGAACCCUCCUCCACCAGAGUACAUCAAUAACAAAAGCAGUGGAUGUCAAACAAACCAACUUCAGUACUUACAGAGGGUGGUCAUGAGAGCCAUGUGGAGACACAACUUUUCCUGGCCGUUUCACCAACCUGUAGAUGCAGCAGCACUGAAUCUGCCUGAUUAUUACACUAUCAUAAAAAAACCUAUGGAUUUAGGCACCAUAAAAAAGCGACUGGAACACAAUUACUACACAAAAGCUGCAGAAUGUAUUGAAGACUUUAAAACUAUGUUCUGGAACUGCUACAUGUACAACAAGCCAGGUGAUGACAUUGUGUUUAUGGCCGAAGAACUAGAAAAAGUCUUUAUGCAGAAAAUAGCCCACAUGCCACCAGAAGAAAGACCAGUGAGUCUCAAGAAAGCAAAGAGAAAAGGAAAGAAGACAGAAGAACCACGGCAGCCCAAUCCUGGGAUUUCAAAUGAACAAAGCACAAAUGAGAAGCAAGCUCAAAGCAGUGAGCAGCCUCCAGUGAUGACUCAAGAGCAACAGCAGGUUCCACUGGCUCCUUUGUCUGCAGCUCAGCUGACUGCUUUAAUGCCAGCUGCAGUCUCUAUAACAAAAGCAAAAAAAGGUGUGAAAAGGAAGGCUGACACUACAACUCCUACUACUUCAAUAGUCACAGCAAGUGGUGAAUCUUCUGCAAUGCUUAAUGAAAGAAAAGCUGUUAAAGCAUGUAGAGUUGAAAAUGAAUGUAUGGUAACAAAUAAGCUUCCGAAGAGAUCCUUUUCAGAUUCUCAACAGCCACCUGGAAUUAUUAAAAAGAUUCAGUUGUCAGGACAACUAAAACAUUGUAAUGCAAUACUUAAAGAAAUGUUUUCCAAGAAACAUGCAGCAUAUGCGUGGCCUUUCAUAAAACCUGUGGAUGCAGCAUCUUUGUCCACUGGUGUGAACCAAGCCAUUGCCAAAUGUCCUACAGACCUAGGAACCAUUAAAAAGAAAAUGGAUAACUUUGAAUAUCAUGAUAUACAAGAAUUUGCUACAGAUGUUAGAUUAAUGUUCAUGAACUGCUACAAACGUAAUUCUUCAGACCAUGAAAUAGUUGCUAUGGCAAGAAAACUUCAGGAUGUUUUUGAAAUGCACUUUGCUAAAAUUCCUGAUGAACCUGUUGCGAGUGAUCAUCUGCCACAGCCUGUGAGAGAAAUGACAGAAGCUUAUUCCAGUGAAAGCAGUAAUGAUAACUCUUCAGAAGAAAAAUCAUCUGAAGACUCUGAAGAGGAGAAAAAAGUGAACCUCAAAAAGCUUCACGAGCAACUUAAAGCUCUUCACCAGCAGUUGUGGGUUUUGACCAAAGCAUGCUUAUCUAGACCAGGAAAGAAAAAAGGAAAGGCUAAAAGUGAGAAAAGAAAGAACAAGGAAAAAGCUGAAAUUAAAAGCUUGAUUCAAAAGAAGAAAAGUGUGAAAUACAUGAAGAAAUCCAAGAGAAAGAUGUCUUUAAACAUUCAAUCAAAGAAAACCAUGCAGCAGGCCUUGUUGGCACAUAAGUCAGAAGAUGAAGAUGGUGCCAAACCUAUGAAUUAUGAUGAAAAACGACAGUUGAGUUUGGACAUAAAUAAACUCCCUGGAGAUAAGCUUGGGAAAGUAGUCCAUAUAAUACAGUCAAGAGAACCUGCACUGAAGAACUCUAACCCUGAUGAGAUAGAAAUAGACUUUGAAACUUUAAAUGCUUCAACACUCAGAGAACUAGAGAGAUAUGUAGCAACCUGUUUGAGGAAGAAACAAAGAAUGCAGGCUAAAACCCCAACAAAAUCAAAAGAAGAGCUUAAUUUUGAGAGGAAACAAGAGUUAGAGAAGAGACUACUGGAUGUCAAUGGUCAACUAAACCCAAAGAAGGAGAGCUUCAAGACUGAAAACAAUGCUGAGUCAAGUACUGGGCCAAGCAGACUGAGUGACAGCAGCAGCAGCUCCUCAGAUUCUGGCAGCAGCUCUAGCAGUGAUUCUAGCUCCUCAGAUAGCAGUGACUCUGAAUCAGUUACAGAAACCUGUUCAAAACAGACUGGAGCCAGGCAGAACUGUCCAGCUUCUAUGGAAAAAUCUAAGAGGACAUCCUGCAAUGCUGUUCUGCAAGCACAGCCCUCCUCUCUUACUAGCAGCUUGCAAAAUCAUGGAUCCUCUGAACUGCAGCAGCAGCCUCCCAAUAUACUGCAAAUGCUUCAGUGUAGAUCACUUAAUGCAUCAGAACAAAAGGCUCAGACUCUCUCAGGUAAAAUCUCAGCUGUACCUGCUCUGCAUGAGGCUCCAGACCAGCCAACUCCUCAGAGCACUCCAAAGACCAAUCAGUCUUCUGUCACCCACUCCAGAAAUGUUUUUCCAGAGGUGUCUAACACCAUUUUCCAAGUUGAUAGUGCUGACUGGAGUAAACAAGCUGAGCAAACAAGACAUCUAGACAAAUCAAAUAAACUUCAAAACAAGACCAGCAUAAGAACUGCUGAUUUAAUAUCCAUAAGUCAAGAACAAAGUGAUUGUACACCCAAUGAUAAAUCUAAUGAUAAAAACAUAUUAGAGCCAAUGCCUGAACUUCUCCCAAGAAAGGAUACAGAAUUGAAGACUGUCGAUUCCUGGGUAAGCCUGUGUAAAACGAUGAAGCUCCCGGCUCCAAUAAAAGCAUCUGCUGAGAGCUUCAAUCAGUUCAGGGACGCAGUAUUAAAGAGGAGUGGGCAAGUGCAGGAGUCAAAAAGGUCUCUUGGGCAAGCUGAGAGGGAGCUGCAAAAUCUUCCCCAAGAAAACAAAAGAUUUGUAACCACUUCUGUGGGCCAUGAAAGCACAGAAUUGAAUGCCAUGGCAGUGACAGACUGUGAGCUUGAAAAAGAAAUACAUAAGAGUAAACUGCCUGAGGCUCAACAACGUGUUCUUGAUCCAGACCGUAACUUGGCUAGAAAAAUGGAACAAGAACGCAGGAGGAAGGAAGCAACAGCUUGGAUAAUUGAUGUGAAUCUGCAGAGAGAUAUUAUGGCAUCUUUCGAAGAGUAUCUUGAGUAA